AUGACCAAGAUGGUCCAAGACCGCACCGGAUCAUCGCAGCCCAUCUACGAUUUGACCUUUCGUCCUGAUGGCACCCAGAUCAUCGCCGCAGCAGGGCACGAGGUGCUCGUCUACGAUUCCAUGUCUGGGGAGCUGAUCCAGGCCCUCAAGGCUCACAAGGACACCGUCUACUGCGUCGACUAUGCUCCAGAUGGCAAGCGUUUCGUGUCUGGCGGCGCCGACAAGCAGGUCAUCAUCUGGAGCCCCAAACUCGAGGGCGUCCUCAAGUUUUCCCACAACGACCCGAUUCAGGCCGUCGCGUGCAAUCCGGCAUCGAGCAUGGUCGUGUCGUGCUCGACCUCGGACUUUGGGCUGUGGUCGCCUGAGCAAAAGUCAGUCUCGAAAUAUAAGGUCUCUUCGCGCAUCCUGGCGGUCUCUUGGACAAGCGACGGCCAGUGCUUUGCUCUGGGCAUGUUCAACGGCAAUGUCUCGAUCCGAAACAAGAACGGCGACGAAAAGGUCCGGAUCGAGCGCGGCACAUCGCCCAUUUGGUCGUUGGCAUUUUGCCCCAGCGCCGAUCGUGACUAUGAGGUCCUGGCGGUCGCCGACUGGAGCCAAAAGCUGUCGUUCUUCCAGGCAAACGGCCGCCAAAUCGGCAAGGACCGCAACCUCAACUACGAUCCGUGCUGUGUCUCGUUCUUCCCAAGCGGCGAGUAUGUCGUCAUGGGCGGGUCUGACCGCAAGGCAACCUUGUGGACGAGCGAGGGCAUCCGGCUCGGCGUCGUCUGUGAGCGUGAGAACUGGGUCUGGUGCUGCAAGGUCAAGCCGCAGCAGAACUAUGUCGCUGUGGGCUGCCACGACGGAACGAUAGCGGUCUUCCAGAUCCUCUUCAAUACCGUCCACGGGCUCUACCAUGAUCGAUAUGCCUACCGUGAAAACAUGACCGACGUGGUCAUCCAGCACCUGUCGACCGAGCAGCGCGCUCGCAUCAAGUGCCGUGAUUUUGUAAAGAAGAUAGCUGUCUAUAAAGACAGGCUUGCGGUGCAGCUCCCCGACCGGGUGAUCAUUUACGAGGUCUUCCACGACGACGCCACGGACAUGCACUACCGCAUCAAGGAGAAGCUGCAGAAGAAGCUCGACUGCAACCUCCUGGUCGUGACCUCCCAGCACAUCAUCCUGUGUCUCGAAAAGAAGCUGCAAAUGUACAACUUUCUCGGCGAGAAAGAGCGUGAGUGGACCUUGGAUGCACUCAUCCGGUACAUCAAGGUCAUUGGCGGCCCGCCCGGUCGAGAGGGUCUGCAGAUCGGACUUAAGAACGGACAGAUCCUGCAGAUCUUCAUCGACAACCCCUUCCCGAUCCCGUUCAUCAAGCAAUCGACCUCGAUUCGGUGCCUCGAUCUCAGCAUGGGCCGCACCAAGCUGGCCAUCGUCGACGAGCACAACACCUGCCUCGUCUACAGCACCAAAACAAAGGAGCUGCUCUACCAGGAGCCCAACGCCAACAGCGUGGCCUGGAACUCUGAGAUGGAAGAUAUGCUGUGCUUCUCCGGCAAUGGCGUGCUCAACAUCAAGGCAAACAACUUUGCCCCACACCAACAGAAGAUGCAGGGCUUUGUCGUGGGCUUCAAGGGCUCCAAAGUCUUUUGUCUGCACAGCUACUCCAUGUCCACGAUCGAUGUGCCGCACUCGACCUCGUUGGAGCGGUACAUCGAAAAGAAGGACUAUGUGCAGGGCUACCGAGUUGCGUGCCUGGGCGUGAGCGAAAGCGACUGGAAACGUCUCGCCAUGGAGGCCCUGGAGAACAUGCAGCUUGAGGUGGCCCGAAAGUCUUUCACGCGCAUCAGGGAUCUGCAGUACAUUGAUCUGAUUGGGCAAAUCGAGCGAACCAAAAGCGACGGCACGGCGGUGCAGGAUAUCUGGAUGGGAGAGAUCAUGGCCUACAGCGGCAGGUACCACGAGGCUGCAAGGCUCUUCAAGCGCGGUGGGAAUCCACAAAAGGCCAUCGAGAUGUACACCGAGCUCAACAUGUGGGAGUACGCCACCCAGAUCGCCGAGGAAACCAACACCAACCGAGAGGAGAUCCUCAAGCGAAAGGCGCAAAUGCAGCAGGACCAAAACAAUCUGCUCGCCGCGGCGACCACCUAUAUCGAAGUCGGCGACUACAUCCAGGCCAUCAACAUCCUCGGACCCAAUGGCUGGCUCGACAAGCUCAUCGAGGUCGUCCGUCGUCUCAACAAGGCCGAAACCAAGAGCCUGAGCCGCUGCGUACACUUUUUCCGCAAGCACAACCACCACGCCUACGCGGCCGAGACUCUCGUCAAGAUGGGGGACAUUGGCCAUCUGUUGAACCUCCACAUCGAGCUUCAGCACUGGGACGAGGCCUUCCGUCUGGCCGAGACCCACCCCGAGUUCAACGAGCAAAUCUAUCUGCCCUACGCCAAUUGGCUCGCCGCCAACGGCCGAUACAUCGAGGCACAGCUCAACUACCGCAAGGCUGGGCGCGCUGCCGAGGCCGUGCUGGUGCUCGAGAAGCUGACCCGCAACGCCAUCGUCGAGAAGCAGUUUGACGAUGUCGCAUAUUACUACUGGAUGCUGGCGAUGGAGACGCUCGAGCAGAUCCCCGCCAAUGUCGAGUACAACGAGCUGGGCUUCAAGCAGCGCCAGGAUGUCGUGGCCUUCUAUCGGUAUCAGGAGCUGGCCGACGUCUACUACGCCUACUACUUUGUGCAGCGCUACAUUGACGAGCCUUUCACCUCGCAUCUGCCCGAGUCGAUCCUGUGCAUGGCCAAGUUUAUCCUGCACUUCUUCAACAAGAACCCGGUGCUGCCCAGGGGCCUGUCGAGAGUGUACGUCCUCUAUGCCAUCACCAAGAUCUCGCAAAGCCUAGGCACAUUCAAGUUUGCGCGAUAUGCAUACGAGAAGAUGCAGGCACUCCGGGUGCCCGAGCCGUGGGCCGAUGCCAUCGACGUUGGCACACUCAUUAUCCGAGCCAAGCCCUUCGUCGACAACGAGGAGCACCUGCCGUCGUGCUUCCAGUGCUCGAGCGUCAAUCCGUACUUUAAUCUCAAGGGCGACUUUUGCAUCAACUGCAUGGAGCCUAUGAUUCACUCGCACUACUCGUACUGCAACUUGCCGCUGGUUCAGUUUCUCUUUGACCCCGACAUCUCGGAGAAGGAAGCCCUGGAGUUGAUCGAGUCCGAGAAGCCCUACGACAGCUAUGCUCGCAGCGAGGACGGCAAUACUCUCACCGAGAUUCUGCUCAAAGAGUCUGGCGACGAGGACUAUAGCUCUCGGCUGGCCGGUGGUGCAGGGCUCAAUCCAGUGUACAUGCCAACUCGGCUCAACCGCACGGCUCUCAUGAAGCUGGACCGCCACUCGGUCUUUAUCCGGAAGUGGGGCAAGGCCAGCAUCAGAAACGAGUACUAUCGCAUGGCGCGGUCAGAGACCCGAGUGGUGAUGUGUGCCGUGUGCCAGCGCUUCUUUCUCUCGGACGAAUGGUGCUAUCAGGUCCUCCAGAAGGGAACCUGUCCGUUUUGCCGCUCGCCGAUGGAAAUGGAAUAGCGCAUGGAGGUCUGACCCAUCACCCGCCGGUAUGGUCACGACGGUGCAGCGUCAGCGAUAGGUGCUUUCUGCCUUGCUGCCUUGCUUUCUGCUUCUCUGUUUCUCUGCCUUGCUGCCUCUCUGUUUCGACCCCCACAAGCGCACAACGCUGUCGUGGCGGUGACGGUUGCAUUCGGUUUUACUCAAUAUCUGAAUCUCUCGAUUGCCUGUGCACUGUGUUGUGCCGUCUUGCAUGUGUCCAGCAAGAGCCACUCAAGUGAUGGCAUUCCCUCGACUGUUUCCCGUGUUCGGGCUGCGUUGCGCACUUGCACACUGGUCGC